AUGCAUAGACUGACAACGACACAGGCUGCAAAUGUUCAUGUCAUCUUCGUUGCUUUUGAGACACUGCGCAAACCUCGAGACGUGGAUGCCCUGAUACCGGCCUGGAGUUUGGAUUUGAAGACUUGGCAGAAGCAAGUUGCGGAUGUCAUCAAAGAACAAAAAGGCCGAAGAAGCCUCAUCAUCAUCGAUACGACUAAUCCGCUCAGUGCCACCGAAGCAUCCAAUCUACCAGCUCUGCUAUCGUCAUUCAUCGGUCCAACUACCUCUCUACUAGCAGUCUAUCAUCUGGAUGUCCUUCACAGGCCUCAAGGGUGUGGCCACAAUGCAUACGCCCCAGCUCCGUUGACCCUACUCAAGUAUCUGGCCACCACGAUAUUUACUGUUCAUGCUCUACAACAUGUACUCGCAUGCAAAGCAGCACGCGAUCGCAGUCACGCCGAGCCAUUAUUCGGGCUCGAGGAAGGUACGGAAGGUGUACUGCAAGGUCUAGGUGCGAAUGGCAAGCAGGAGAUAGUGCUAGAGAUGGAGCAUAGACGGAAGUCAGGCAGAGGUGUGAGGGAGUGGUUCUAUUUGCCUCUACAACCCGCACCCAAGCCCGGUGUCUCAUCUGGCACUGCGAGCACAACCCACGCGACGAAAAUAGUUCGAUCAGGUAUACUACUGCUGGAGGAUCAUCCUCAGUACAGAACUCCCGAGCAGGAAGCAGAAGCUCAAGCUGGUAAUGGAGGCGGUACCUUCGAGCUCGGGCUGACGGAGAAGCAAAGGAGGGACAGAGAAGGCGUGGUGUUGCCGUACUUCGACGCCCAGAAAGGUGGUGGCGAUGGAGGCAGGAUUCUGUAUGAUAUGGGAAGUGAGGAUGAUUUUGACGAGGACGAGGAUGAAAUCUGA